ACUUCUCUUUCAGCUUUUGAUAUGAUUCUCAAGUCUAUGCGGAAGAUAAGUGUUUUCUUAAGCCACUUUUUGAUGGAUUAUAUUCAAGAAGUACCUCAAAGCCUCACAGAUGAUGAAUCUGUUCUUCCACAAGACUUACUUUGUGACUUCCUACUCGAGAAAAUCAGUCUCACUCAUCCUCUGGAAGCAAAUGGUGUUUUUGACCUGUUUCUAAUCAUCUUGGAGCUUAUGUCUCGCUGGGAUUCAGACUUUGAAGUGUACGAAGUGGCGAAAAAGAUUUGCAAUAGAUGCAAGAUGGGUAUGGAACUUCCACCUGAACGUUGUUUUGGUCUGAUCAUCAAUGCUGGUACACUCAGAGAAGUCAAGGCAAUGUUCGAGAAGUUUACAUUCGAGAAGAUCAUUCAGGUCAUCAGAAUAGACUUAAAGAUGCCUUGUGAUAAGGAAGGAUGUGAGAAACGAAACUAUGUUCAACGUAUGAUAUAUAAACCUCCAACUGUUUUCACAAUUGCACUUGAGUGGGAGAACAAUGAGACCGAAGGAGAGAUAUUCGAUACUACUUCUGUUCUGAAGACUGAGAUUGAUAUUAAUACGAUAUACCAAUACAAGGGUGACAGUGCAGUCACUAAAUACCGUCUUGCCUCAAUGGUUUGCUCGCAUGGAAAUCAAUACAACUGUGUAGCUUAUGAAAAAAAAAGAUGGGUCAGACAUGUUGGUUCUGAGGAAGAGGUUAUUGGAGACUGGGAUGGUGUUCUCAGCAAAUUCCGGAAUCUGCAUAUUCGACCUGAGAUUCUAUUUUUUGAAAAUGCUAUGCAGAGGGACCAGUUGGAUCAAAAGUAUCUGAAGACUAAGUAAAGCUUUUUCAAUGUUACAGGAAAUGGAUAUUGAUGUAUAUACAACAAGUGUUUAGAAUACAACAUCCUGAUUGUUAUGAUCAUUGGAUAAAGAUAGUUAAAUACCAUUCUUCCAAAGUCAUCACUUUUGUUACACAAACUCAGUUUGCAUUUCUUCUGAUGUACUGUUUGGUCGGUGCUGUAAACACUUUUGUGUUUUUCAGUUCCUGUAAAAGGAAGCUUUCUUAAAACAUUUGUUAGGUUGAUGA